GUCAGAUAGCAACCAUGGUGAUGACCAAGAGCGCGGUGGCGGAGAAGAAGAGCAGGUCGGCGCUCGCCGUCGCGCUCCCUCGUGAGCUCGUCGUCGACAUUGUCGGGAUCGUCGCGGCGAGUUCCUCGCAGCCCAUGGCUGACCUCUGCAACCUACGAUCCACCUGCAAGGACAUGUACGGCGCAUCCAAGGAACGCCACGUCGGCAGACGCUUGGCGCUGGAGAAGGAGAAGAUGAUGAAGUGGCGGGACAACAUGGCCUACCACGCCAUGCUGAAGCACCUGGCCGACGUCGGCAACCCGGAGGCCUGCUUCAUCGUCGGCCUCACGCUCGUCUUCGCCCGACACGACACGCAGCAGGGCCGCGUGUGCCUCAACCAGGCGGCGGCCGGCGGCCACAAGACGGCGGCCUACGUGCUCGGCCUGCUCCUCUACACGCUCAAGGACCAGCGACAGCGAGACCUCGCGAAGCGGUACAUCGGCCUGCUCGAGGGCGACGCGGGGUGCACCAAGGUCACCGCGGAGAAGACGAAUCUGGAGUACAGGAAGUAUCGACAGCUCGCCGCGAACGCUGUCCGAGAGGUGGCAUGGAAGAAGGGGAUGACGGACAGCAGGAGGUCGGGCCUCGCGUCGGUGCUGCUAGAGGAUGACGGAGACCGGUGCACGAGCGCCCGCUGCGGCCUGCCACAAGGCGGCUGGGCGGACUACGACAUCUUCUGCAGCGAUGAUUGCAGAAUUAGGCGUGAGCGUCUUGAAUUCUUUGGAAUGGUGUUAAGAUAUCUACCUUAAUUGGGCGCCAGCGCUAUAUAUCGCUUAAUUUUUUA